AUGCUUUCUCCCAAAAUCAUUGCCUUUCUGGUGGCAGUAACUGACUUUGCCCUCGGUGGGCUCAUCUCCAAUGGCUUUAUAGUUGCAGUGACAGUCAUGGAAUGGGCUAAAUGCAGGAGUCUUGCUGCUAGUGAACAACUUCUUCUGUCCCAGGGUAUGUCUAAUAUCUGCUUCACAGGUUUUCUAACUGCACUGUCCGUUUGUUACUACUCGCCACCUGAUGUCAAUAACUACUUAAAGUCAGGAAAGCUUUAUGUCUUUGCCAUCUUUGCUGUAUUCUCCCGGUUCUGGCUCACUGCCUGGCUCUGUGUCUUCUAUUGCAUCAAGAUAGUGAACAGCACCCAGUCCCUCUUCCUUUGGUGCAAGCUGAGGAUAUCGCAGCUGGUGCCCUGGCUCCUUGUGGGAUCUCAAGUCUUCUCGUUGCUAGUUACCAUUUUUGCAAUGCAGAGUCUUCAUACACAAACCCAGAGCAACAGAACAAACAACACUACAAACAUGACCGAAGGACGGACUGAAUAUGCGAGUUAUUUCAAAAUCUUCUUUUUAAUUACUGGCACUGGCUGUCCCUUUCUUCUGGUUUUAUGUUGCUCCAUUAAGGUUGUAGCCUCACUCUGUAGACAUGUCUCCCACCUGACAAGUGCAGAAUCCAAUCUGAGGAGCCUCCAAACAGAAGCUCACAUCAAGGCAGCUGGGGCAGUGCUCUUCCUCCUGAUCCUUUCCAUUAUUUUUUAUGUGGUACAGACCUUGCUUAUAACCGACGUAUACGUUGAACAAAAUAUAUUUGCUUAUUCAGUGUGUAUAGCAGUGUUGCUGAUGUACUCCCCUGCUCAGGCUGCCAUCCUGAUGUUGGUUAAUCCCAAGCUUAAGCAGGCAGCUGCCCGGAUGCUUCCAAGAGCAAAGACUUAA